AUGCAUCGUGGAAGCGUCGUUUCCAGCUCUUCCGACACCUCAGGUGCACGGGACUUCGACGCGGCACUCCGAACACUGACCCAGAGGCAGAAUUUAGGACAUGCUGCCGAUGAGGCAGAACAAGUUGCGAAGUCGGUCCAAUGGUACACUCCGGAACAAGCUAUCGCUCUCUGGGAAGCAGGAGCAUAUCUUAUUCAGAAUGAAAGCUCUCUAGAGGCUCGACGGAGUGGUUCGCUGCUGCUGGAAGCUGUCGCGGCACGGCAAGAUCUAUCCCCUGCAGCACGUCGCACGGUUUUCGACGCAAUAUCGAGCCCUUCGGAAAGUGAUGUCAUACCAGCGCGUAUUCAGGCGCUGAUAAAGCUGUCGGAUCAUGGGAGAAGAAUGGAGUUCACUGGUUCCUCUGUCUUUCCUCUGAUAUCUGCUUGCCUUGUUCCGCUCUAUGAAGUAACCUCUUCAGUUCGGAUGAAAGCUAGAAAAGUAAAGCCAGGGAAGAAUGGACUCACCAUUGAUGACACUAUUUUGGAUGAUGUGCUGCAGUUCGUGGUCGAUCUCAUCACUUUACAGCGGAAGCCUCCUAGCAGUGAAGAAGUACAAGCACUGUUAGAACAGCUUUUCGCCAUAUGCAGAAAAACAAGCGUUGCAGCAGAUAUCAAAAAUUCGCUCAGCGUGUUUGACGCGGUCAUUUUAUACGCCGACGUACCCGAUGGAAGUUUUAUUCCCUUGCUUGAGGUAUUGUGCAGCAUCCAUGCCUCUGUCAAACCUUUGUCGGGUCCGACGUCAAGAGUUGUCCGAAGUCUGGCGAAGUCGAAGAGGAAGGCGGAUAUGGUCAAGGAGUUGUUCUCGUUUCUGACAGAAUGCUCCGAAGAGAAGAGUCGGAAUCUCAAUGUUGUGCGAGGAACUGUAUAUGUGUUGACGGACAUAAUUCGUGCACAUGGCCAGGACGGGAUUCCAGAAAUGCAAUUCGAGCACUUGGUUGACUGCUUGAAAGCCGCCACGGGGAAGGAUGAGAGCCGGCUGGAAGCAGACAUACUGGAUCUAUGCUUAAAUAUUCUGGAGGGGGACUAUGUCCGAGUGGCUUUAGAAAAGGACUGGGGUGCUUUCGUCGAUUUACUCAAUGUGUGUUCCGCCAGAGCCGUUGAUGAGCCUGAGCAACCGGACCCCACAAUCUCAGACUCUCAACAAAUCACCCCCAAAGGCAGCGUUGUCGAUGAUGCCAAAUCCAGCAUCCUUGCCAACACUAUUCAGAUUGCUUCCAGCCUUGAAUCCCUCUGGGACCGUUUGAACAAACAGCAACGUUUGGACUCCACCCGAUUCCUCAUGAACGCCUGUCGCUACAUCGAGCCUCCGCAGGCUGAGCUCGUUCUGGACACCAUGCGCCAGGAGCGUUUCUGUUCUCCUGGGAGUGAGGAUUGGCUACUGCAUUCCCAAAGAAUAAUUCGCUGCUUCAUUCGCUCACGCACAAAGCCCUCUGAUAUUCGAAUUCUCGCGCUAGAUACACUGAAGGAAUCCUUCAACAGCCCCGAGUCACUUGCUUAUUUCCAAGAGGAAGGUCUUCUCAAAAUAAUGCUUGAGAGAUUCAAUGAAGAGGACGACAUAUUGCUGCUGGAAUCGCUGGUCGCUUUUCUUGUUGACGUUUCCAUCACAGUCAGCGACCAAGAUGCCUUCGAUCAGCUAAUUCAUGCCCUUGGCUCUCCUAUGAGUAAAGAUCUGGAGAAGGAGAGUCUCGCAUUCUCGGAAGCAACCACACUGUCUCCUGAUCGACAGUCAUUCACAAGUGUACUGGAGUCGUCUCUGGCGAAUGUCUGCGCGGCUGGGCUUGUGAAAAUAUUUUUGCGAACACUCAACAUGUCAGCAAAUAAGGCGACAUCGGUGUUCGAGGCCCUGCUGAAAAUAGCGCAAUCCCUUGAGCGGCCUGUGGAUUCACGCCUAUCCUCCCUUAAGCUACUUUACCGGCUGCGAUGCGAUGCCACCGGUUCUAUAACCGUUGUCUCGACUCCUGAAGAUGAUUUCGUGAUGCAGGUAUCUGGGCGGAGUGUUGACGCAGGCUCCAAAUCACAUGAAGAUUCUACUGCCGACCUAAGUGCUGACAAUGACCAAUCGCGAUCAAUAUCAACUGCUCGACACCUACCACGAGAGCCCUCAAGCAGCAUUUUAUCCAGAUCCACGGGAAGAAAUUCGAUUGUUGCUUUCCGAUCCUCAAGGCCGACGCCCCCAGUCUGGACAUUUGCAACCCCUCAAGUUCUUCCAGAGGAACCUCCAGUUGAAGCAAGUCCGUAUGUGUAUGCUUAUGCGACCGCCAACGCAUCGAGUCCAAUCGAAUCAGAUCCAACGCAGAAAGUAGCUUUGAAGGCGAAUAUGUGGUUGGAAACAGUUAUCUCGUUAUUGCAACGUGAAACGAACUGGGACAUCUACAGCUACGUGCUCACUCAUUUGGCAGCUCAAUUGCAGAACAAGGACUUAUUCAGCAAUGCUGUACCUCAAAUCAAACUGUUACGCAGUGUCUUGUGUGAUCAGGUCAAAAACGAUAGUUUUCGUGAACCACCACCAUCAAGUGGCACCAAAAAGACCGAUGUUGCCGGGUACAUUUUCGACUUCUUAUGCGUUUUGAUCAGUUACCAUGAGCAUUUCGCUAAGAGCGAAGAAGAUGAGCUUGUGCGUGCUUUCAUGAUGGGUAUCAUCGGGUCUUGGGGUGGCACUUCUCGUGGUUGCAUCCAUGCUCUUUCUGUCUGUUGUCAUGAAAUCCCUCUAUCGGUAACGAAAUCAUUGAACGGGAUUCUUGACAAGAUGUCGAAAGUAAUCACGAUGUCUAAUCUCGCUGUCCAUAUCCUGGAAUUCCUCGCUCUCCUCGCCCGUUUGCCCGAAGUCUACGUCAACCUGCGUGAUGAAGAAAUCCGCACAGUCUUCGGCAUAUGUAUUCGGUUCUUACAGACAUCCAGAGAAAGUCGAUUCAAAGCCGACUCGCCUACUCGAGCUGGCCCUGGAGCUGCUAGACUUGGCAGCACUGGAUCCUUGAUAUCUCUCCCAGAAUCGUCAGAGGAUGGCAUGUCCAAGUACAUUUACACCUUGACAUAUCACGUGAUGGUGUUCUGGUUUCUGUCUUUAAAACUGCAAGAUCGAGCAAAACACGUCAAUUGGAUUACCAGCAGGCUCAUCUUCAAGGACGAGUAUGGAAAAGAGACUGUUGAAGAACAAAGCCAAGUGUUUAUCGAUCUCAUGCAGAGGGCUGCUUUCUCAGAUCUCGGCGAUACUAUCCCGUACACGACGUUUCCACCUUCUCCUGAAGACGGUCCAGUAUGCACAAAGUCCUGGAUUGUAGGCAUGAGUAUCGUGACUGUUGAGACAGCUGGAGUCUCUGGAUUGACGCAGGUAACGAAGAGGCAGGCAUCUGGUACCACGUACGCAACGUACCAACAACGAACCGCACCUGUCCUGCCUCACCAAGUUUCUGCGGCUCCUGACGCGCAUUUGCAUCCAGGCACCAUGCGCACCGCGGUUCUACCUAGUCAUGUAAUGCUCCAGCUAACAACCACAGCCUUCCCGACACCUACCGUUAUGCAACCAAUUCUCUUGCCCGAUGAUGACAUGACCCGUCGCGCUCUAAGUAGUUUUGAUCGCAAUGACAUAGUCGAUGGUCACAAGAUCGGCGUCCUGUACGUCGAGAACGGCCAAACAACAGAGGCCGAGAUCCUGUCCAACACUGGAGGUAGCGCGGAUUAUGAGUACUUCCUGUCCAAACUUGGUACCAAGGUUCCGCUUCAAAAUGCUCGCUUCAACACCCAAGGCCUGCAUGCUGAUUUCGAUGGCGAUUCCACUUAUGCCUGGAGAGAUCGAGUGACAGAGAUUGUGUUCCAUGUAGCGACGAUGAUGCCUACCAAUUUCGAUACCGAUCCGGCCUGUGUCAACAAGAAGCGUCAUCUUGGGAACGACUUUGUCAACAUUGUGUUCAAUCGGUCGAAUACACCGUUUAACUUCAACACGGUGCCCUCGCAAUUUAAUUUUGUGAACAUAGUCAUCAACCCCAUCUGCCGCGUCACUGAUGACCCAGCGGCAUUCGAUCUCAAAGGGUGCAAUUUCGACAAUUUGUUCUAUCAGGUCAAGGUGAUGAGCAAGCCUGGUUUCCCUGAGAUCUCACCUGCAACUGUGCCCAAGGUCAUUUCCGGAAAGAAUCUCGGUGCUUUUGUUCGUAUUCUCGCCUUGAACGCUUCCGUACUCUCGCUCGUUUGGAACAGCCAAGGCGGCGAGCACGUCUCAUCCUGGCGCAACCGGCUGCGGGAAAUCAAGAGACUCCGCGAGCGCACCCUUGGCUCCCAGGCGCAGAGCUCCGAGGCUACUGAAGCCACCUAUCCAGGUCAGCGGCGCAACACGAAGGCUAAUAUCUUCUCCGAGGAACUCCCAUCCCGCACCGCGUCUGCAAAAAGCGACUUUGCCACGGAUUGGAACGCAGCUGCGGAUGCGAAUAUCCUUCAAAACCUGGACUUUUCGCGAUGGGGACGCUGA